GUUGCAACGAGCUACGUAGUCGUGUUCCUAUAUACCUUCUUCCGGUCUAGGAUCUCUCUCUUUUUAGCGAAAAUGGCUCCUAAACCGAAGCCCACGGACAAGUCAGCCAGCAAGCCGGCUGAGAAGAAAACGGAGAAGAAGGCUGAGAAGAAGCCAGCUACAGCGGCUUCUACCUCGAAAGUCACAAAGCCCGCGGCAAAGGCAUCCGGUGCAGCGGCUGCUAAGAAGCCAGCAGCUGCGAAAUCUACGACUGCUGCGAAAUCCGCAGCGAAACCAGCAGCGAAAGCUGCACCGAAAGUUGCUGCGAAACCCGUAGCAGCGAAACCCAAGAAAAAUGCACAACCCGCGAAGAAAACACCGAAAGGUGGAAAGCCUGCGGCUCCCCUUCAAAAAGCGCUUAAGGCCCAGAAGAAGAUUCUGAAAGGUGUCCAUGGAUCGAGAGUAAGGAAAAUAAGGACGUCGGUGCACUUCUACAGGCCGAAAACGUUCAGGCCACCGAGGAAUCCGAAGUAUCCGCGGAAAUCUGUCCCGAACAGAAAUCGCAUGGAUGCUUUCAAUAUUAUUAAGUUCCCGUUGACUACCGAAGCAGCGAUGAAAAAGAUUGAAGACAACAACACUCUAGUUUUUAUCGUUCACACGAGAGCGAACAAAUAUCACAUCAAGGCUUCGAUAAAGAAAUUGUACGACGUUGACGUGGCUAAAGUUAACACGUUGAUCAGGCCAGACGGUAAAAAGAAAGCGUACGUACGCUUGACCCGUGAUUACGACGCGCUUGAUGUUGCCAAUAAGAUCGGUAUAAUAUAAAUGUAUCUAUGUGUGAUUGGUAUAGAGGAAUAUCUGUGCUAAUAAAACAUGUUGUACAAAA